AUGGUCUUCGCGCUUCCUCUGUCCUACGUUCUGGCGCCGGUCUCGAUCAGCAGCGCCUCCUUCCUGGCGAUCUUCCUGACGAUCGGCAUCGGGAGCGACGUCGUGUUCGUGUUCUACGACUUCUGGGCGCAGUCCAGGGAGCAGGUCCUGGACGAGAGCCGCGGCGAUGCCCGUGCCAACCCGGUCGAGUUCACGCUCACCAGGAGACUCGAGCUCACUCUCCCCGCCGCGUUCCGGAAUUGUCUCGCGGCCAUGUCCACCACCGCCGCGAGCUUCUUGGCGAACCUGGUGAGCGUGCUCCAGCCGCUGCGGGAGUUCGGCCUCUACCUGGGGCUCUGCGUGAUGAUCGCCUUCCUGCUGCUGGUCCUGUACAUCCCCCCGCUCAUGGCGUGGCAGGCGAAACGCGCACACCACCUCGCGGAGCGGCAGAACGCGAAGCUGUCCGCGGUCGUCCCGUUUUUCCCCAGCCUCGUGGACAUUCCUGCGGGGGGCACCAGGCCAACGCAGGAGCCCGCGGUCGAGCCGGAGCCCGACGCCGGCAAGCCUGCGCCGCGGCCCCCGCAGCGGCUCGGCAGGGGCAAGCGGCUCCUUCUGUACGUCGUGCAGUGCGUCGAGCGCCGCCCCAUCGCAGUCGUCGUGGUCUUCGCCCUGUCCGUGCUGGUCUGCAGCAUCUUCACCGGCCUCAACGCAGAGGUGGCCGCCGGGGUCCCGGACUUCUUCCCCGAGGGCCACAACCAGCGGGAGGUAGCGAGGAUGAUGGAGAUGUUCGUGAGCACCGAGAAGCUGGGCCUGGGGCCGAAGCCUCCGACUUCGUGGCGCGCGUGCGAGGCCCCGCCGCCAUCGGCAUCCGGGUCGCAGAGCGACUGCGACCUGCACUGGUGCCACACGGACGCCUCAGAGGCGCCGCCAGACACCAUCAGAGCCGGCGGGAUGGGGCAGUGUCGAACCAGGCUGUCGGGCGGACAGACGCUGGCGGCGGACAGGUCGCGUUGGGACUUCUCCUCCUGCCAGCAGGUCGCCGUGUCGGGCCGCAUGGCCAGCCUCUCCCAGAACGCGUCCGCCAUCUGGGCGGCCUUUUGGGAGUCCGCGGGGGAGAGCAUGGUCGACGUAUCUUCGGUCUCGGUCACACCCGUCCCUGUCUCAGCCCUACCCCCGCUGGUCCUGGAGAACUGGGACAGCGGCCACGUCGACAUCGCCAACUUCUUCGAGAUGCGCUCGGACAUGGUCACCCUGACCCCCGCACAGCCGGGUGACCAGAGCUGCCACCUGGAAGUCCUGUGCUCCUUCGGCACCGCGCCGUGCGAGCAGGACGACGGUUGGCUGCACCUCGUCGAGGGCUGCGCCGACUUCUCUGGCAACUACCUGGACGGCGGCGGGGUCACGGUGGUCAUCCAGCAGCAGCCGACGUGCACCUUCACCGGCACGUGGCAGAGCCUCGCCUUCUCUGGCAGCAUCGCCGGCUCCACCAUGACCAUCACCGACCACCCGUGGGGCGGCGGCCCCAUCGCCGGCCAGCUGCUGGACGACCCCGGCGAGGAGCGCCCGGCGACGCCCGACCGCAGCGCCGAGCAGCUGAUCGAGCUGUCGUCCAACAGCACGUGGUCGAAGGUCGGGGCGAGGCGGCUGCGGGCCGCCGCGCGGCGUGCGCCGCCCCCAGGGCCGGUCGAGCGCCCCGGCCCCGCGCGUCUGGGCCGGGCGCUGUCCGCGGGGGCGCGCGUGCCGCACAGCAAGCGGGUGUCCGUGUCGGUGGUGUGGGGCCUCCGCGCGGCACGGCACACGCCCGUGGUCGGGAGGCUGGAGGAGGAGGAUAUCUGGGGCUUCGACCCCCUGUUCGACGCCAGCGACCCCUGGGCGCAGCGGACGCUGCGUGGCAUGUGCGAUCGGUCCACCUUCCCGAGCGAGCUGGCGAUCUUGCAAGGGGUGGUCUGCUUCGCGCAGGAUUUUGAGCAGCACCUUCGGAGGGAUCAGAAGAGAUUCCCCUCUCGGUCCUUCGAAGAGGACGCCCACGAUUUCUGGAGGAGCAACCAGGCAGUUCGGGGUAAUGUUUGGAUGAUAGAUGGCAACGUGAUGGCUGUGAAGGUGUCCUACGAGGCCGACGUGUCAGUGGAGGCGGGGGCCCGGCCUUUGCUGGACUACAAGGGCAGGUGGGACAGCUGGAUCGACACGAUCAACUCACGGGCCAGCCUCACCAGCAACCGCGCUUGGCACGUCUCCUCGGCGUGGGUGACGGCGGAGGCCGAAGUGGCCGUGGUUGAGAGCACUUUGAUCUCCAUCGUCGUGGCCGCGUUAUCUGGCUGGCUUGGGGUAUUGGCAUUCACGCAGGAUCCGUACCUUGCAUGCCUCGUCGUCGGCAUCGUCUUUGGUGUCAUCAUCGGGCUGGCCUUCUUCAUGAUCUGCCUGGCCGGAUGGCCAUUGGGACCCAUAGAGGUCAUCGCCCUGAUCGUGUUCGUGGGGUACUCCGUCACGUUCAGUCUGCACAUUGCGCACGUCUACCACGAGGAGGACCCUGCGAGCAGCAUGAUGCCCUACGGGCACGACGACGCGGUGGAUGCCAGGCAUCUCCGCAGCGAGCGCGCCCGCGCCGCGGUGUCCCGAGUGGGAUCUGCGACCGUGGCGGCGGCAGCGUCGACCCUGGCGGCUGGCGCGUUCCUGUGCUGCUGCACCAUGCUCAUCUUUGUGAAGCUCGGCGCUGUCGUCAUUGUCGUGACGUUCCUCUCCGGCGCGUCCUCCGUGGUGAUCCUGCCAGCGGUACUGAUAGUCGCCGGGCCCAACUCCGGGUCGUGCCUGCAGCGGACGUCCAGGCGUUGUAGCGCCCGGCGCGCCGCGCAGUCCGAGUCGUAG